CAAGACUGAAAUACAAGGUCAUACUUCUCUCAUCUCCAUGAAAAACCCUAGAACCCUACCCGUCCCCUCGAUCGCCAUUAUUCACCUGCAUCUUGUUCUCUUUUAAAUUGGAUAAAUCUGAGUAAGGAAGUAGGUGAGAAGACGGAUAUACAGUCAAAAUGCCUCCUAAAGCAGGGAAAUCAAAGGAAGCCCCGGCCGAGAGGCCAAUCCUCGGACGCUUCUCGUCUCAUCUCAAAAUUGGAAUCCUUAAAGCAUUAUUGAUUAUAGUUUCUUACGGGAAUGCUGUAAUUUUUUUAUUGAGUUUAUUGGAUUUUCAGGUUGGAUUGCCAAAUGUUGGGAAGUCGACCCUUUUCAACACGCUCACCAAGUUGUCUAUUCCAGCUGAGAACUUCCCUUUCUGCACCAUUGAGCCUAAUGAGGCUCGAGUGAAUGUUCCAGAUGAGAGAUUUGAAUGGCUUUGCCAGCUCUACAAGCCAAAGAGCGAGGUGUCGGCCUUUUUGGAAAUCCACGACAUCGCUGGUCUUGUUCGUGGUGCGCAUGAAGGUCAAGGACUGGGGAACAAUUUCCUGUCUCAUAUCCGUGCGGUUGAUGGAAUCUUUCAUGUUUUACGUGCAUUUGAAGAUCCUGAUAUUAUCCAUGUCGAUGAUUCGGUUGACCCUGUGAGGGAUCUGGAGGUUAUAUCUGCAGAAUUGCGCCUCAAGGAUAUCGAGUUCAUGGAAAGGAGGAUUGAAGAUCUCGAAAAGAGCAUGAAGAGGAGCAAUGACAAGCAACUUAAAGUUGAGCACGAGUUAUGCCAAAGGGUUAAAGCCUCUCUGGAUGAGGGAAAAGAUGUCCGUCUAGUGGACUGGAAGGCUGCUGAUGUUGAGAUCUUGAAUACUUUUCAGUUGCUCACCGCAAAGCCUGUUGUAUACUUGGUUAACAUGAAUGAGAGAGAUUAUCAAAGAAAAAAGAACAAGUUUCUUCCAAAGAUACAUGCUUGGGUGCAAGAGCAUGGUGGUGAGACUAUAAUUCCUUUCAGCUGUGCUUUGGAGAGGAAUCUCACUGAUAUGUCCCCAGAUGAAGCUGCUAAGUAUUGUGAAGAGAAUAUGGUUCAAAGUGCCCUUUCAAAGAUAAUAAAGACUGGAUUCUCAGCCAUCAAUCUCAUAUACUUUUUCACUGCUGGACCAGAUGAGGUGAAGUGCUGGCAAAUUCGUCGACAGACGAAAGCUCCACAGGCUGCUGGAACAAUUCAUACUGAUUUUGAAAAAGGGUUCAUAUGUGCUGAGGUUAUGAAGUUUGAAGAUUUGAAGGAACUUGGAAGUGAAUCGGCUGUGAAGGCUUCUGGGAAAUACCGACAGGAAGGGAAGACGUACAUUGUGCAAGACGGGGAUGUUAUUUUCUUCAAAUUUAACGUUUCAGGCGGUGGGAAGAAGUAGAAGUGAGAUUUUAUAUAUCUUCCUAUUUUUGAAUACCAAAUUUUACUGGUUGAACAGUUUGGGCAAGAACUUGUUGUGAUGUGUACUUGCGCCCUGGAUUUAUUAUCGUGGGGCUGUACAAUUUUGCCCUUAUUUCUAAGGAAGUACCGCAGUAUCUGUUUGAAAUUAGCUAUACCACUGCAUAGAAUAUUGUGGAGACUGAAUGGCGAAAAGAGUCGAUUCCAUUUCCUCUUUCCUUUUCCUGGUGGCAUGUAUUUUUCGACCUCCAAGUUUGUAUGAUUAUUGCCUUAGUUGUUGGCGAAUGAACCCCUACGAUCGUAAUUGUUUGCGUACUAACCCUAUACGGCGGCUUUAUUAAAAAAGUUCCCCAAGUUAAAGAUAAGAUUGUUUCACCCCAGCCUUUUAUGAAGAAAAAAUUUGUGAACAAAUCUUUUAGGACAAAUCUUUAAAGAGUUGCCCAAGAGUUU